AUGGAUAUGGGCUCGAACAUUGUGAUCGGUGGCUUGGUUGUCCAACUUCUCUUCUUCGGGUUCUUCGUCUUCGUUUCAGCCUUGCUGCACUGGCGAAUGAAGAAGCAGCCACAGUAUAUCCAUGUGUCGGAAAUUACGGCAUCGAAUUAUUCACGAACACACAUGGGUUGGGAGUCUAUCAUGUGGGCUCUCUAUGCGGCCUGUUUACUGAUUUUAGUGCGGUCGGUAUUCCGAGUCGUGGAAUUCAUUGAGGGAAACGACGGAUUCAUUAUGCGCAAAGAAUACCUUCUUUACAUUUUCGACGCAUGUCUCAUGGCACUAAGUGGUAUUGUGCUUUUUCUCGUCUAUCCGGGCACCUUCUUGUCCAAGGAUGCUUCGAAGAGGGAUAGCGAGCUCCGGCUUACAUCCAUUGAGGAAGGGUUCACUCACACAGACCCCAAGCGCGGAUAUCCGUAA